AUGCCAUCGCGUGGUCCUCCGUCUCCUCCCCGUCACCAACACGGGACAAAACGGCAAAGGCAGUCCUCCUGCGACGGCGCAUCACCGGGUGAGUCAGCCGAAGCCGCCGCCGCCGCCUGUGCUACUUCGGCAAAGGGCGGUCAAAGCAGUAAUUUCCGCAACGUGAGCGCCUGCAACCGGUGCCGGCUGCGCAAGAAUCGAUGCGACCAGGAAUUACCCAGCUGCGCGAGCUGUGCCAAGGUCGGUGUCGCCUGCGUUGGUUACGACCCGAUUACCAAGAAGGAGAUUCCCAGAAGCUAUGUCUUCUACUUGGAAACUCGAGUGGAGCAGCUCGAGAAGCUGCUCACCGCCAACAGCAUCUCUUUCCCGCGGGCAGAGAAUCUCGAGCUGUGUUCGCGGCCCUCGGCUGAUACUGCGGGCACCCUUUCUGCAGUGAAUUGCGGCUACUCACCCCAGUCCGAGUGCGGUGGCCGCGCACAUCCCAGACGACAUCAGGCGUUGGAGGCGCUCAAGGCAAAGAAGGCCCCUCAGAGCCCGGCAUUGGCCAGCAUUAUCAGCCCGCCCAAGGCUAGAUCUCUUGCCUCUGCAUCUGGUGUGUCCUUUGCGCGCGUCGUCUUUGCCGCAGUUCAAUAUUCCGUAUCCGAGCAGACAGGCUCCACGGAGCGCAGUGCGGGCCGCAAGCAAAGCGUCAGCGGUGCCUCUGCCUCCAUGAGAGAUUCAUUCUUCGGCCUUCAUACUCGGCCUACAAUCCAGCCGGCACCUUUUCCCGAGAGGGAGGAGGGCAUGCGUUUGGCUACGCUGUACUUUGAGCAUGCCAAUCCUCAAAUUCCCGUCCUCCAUCGGGUAGAAUUCAUGCAGACGCUUGAAAAAGCCUACAAGGACGCCUCAGAGUCAAAGAGUCCCACUGCCCGAGAGUUGUACAUGCUUAACAUGGUGUUUGCCAUCGGAUCUGGCGUUAUUCUUGGGGAGCCGUUGAGGGCGUGUGCGUCGGAUAAUCCCAGAUUGUCACUUGACCACGCAAAAAGCUCCUGCCAACCAGAGGAGUAUCAUGCUAGUGCCGUUGUGCAUCUGGAGGAAUGCCUGAGCACGAGUGGUGGCUACUUGGAGGUCCUUCAGGCUGUACUGCUGCUUGCCAAUUUCGCGCUACUCCGACCCGUGCCACCAGGGCUAUGGUACAUCACCGGUGUGGCUGUACGACUGGCUGUGGAUCUCGGUCUUCACCAUGAGGACGGAGGAGAUGUCGAGUCACCCCCAUCUGAGCCGACCGCCGAUAUGGACGCUGCUCAGCCUGCCGAGACUCGCGAGGGCAGUGCUCAAGAUCGCGGCAGACGACACUGGUUUCGUGACUUGCGACGACGGCUGUGGUGGUGCACAUAUACGUUUGAUCGACUAGUCAGCACAUGCGUUGGUCGACCAUUCGGUGUAAGUGACGAAAUCAUCACCACCGAGCUGCCCUCGCUACUUGAUGACGAAUUCAUCACCCGUCAUGGGUUCCAGGAACCCCCAGAAGGCGAUGACCAACCCAGCUACAAGCACGUUGCGCACCAUUACUUUCGUUUACGACUCCUUCAGUCCGAGAUUCUGCAGGUCCUGCAGCACAACCAGGCACAAAUGGCACGAGCAUCAAAUGGCAGCCAUGGAAAAGUGUACCCAGAAAUGCGCUCUCAUCUGCCCUCGCCCUUUCUCGUACAGUUUGACUCAUUCCGAUCAUGGCGCGCGGACAUUGACAGAAGAUUAUACCUGUGGAAGACUUCUGCACCGACGAGACGAGAAACCGGCGUGGCAUUCUCAACCGAGUUCCUCGAACUCAACUAUUGGCAGGCAAUCAUCCUGCUCUACAGACAGAGCUUAAGCGUGCCAGCCAUGUUUGAGGGAGAGUACAACACGUCCGACGAGGUCAACAGCCCGACAGCUUUUACUGCCGAACUGUGUGAGGACGAGGACCGGAUUUAUCUCAAAGUUGCAGAGGCUGGACAAAGGACUCUACGCAUUUACCGACAGCUUCAUCUCAGCGGAUUGGUCAGCUAUACCUACUUAUCAACUCAUCAUCUAUUCAUGGCUGGCAUUUCGUACUUGUAUGCCAUUUGGCACUCACCGCUAGUACGAAGCCGCUUGACCAUGGACGAAGUCGACUUCACCGUCCUGGCAGCUAAAUCCGUCUUUUCUGACAUGAUUGACAAGUGCCCACCGGCUGAGACAUGUCGGGAUGCCUUUGAUCGAACAGCCAAAGCAACAAUCAAGAUGGCUAGCUCGAGUGGUGGAUUCGGCAUGCCGCUCCCACAGCCGCGGCGACAGCUGCCGUGGACAGGGGUUCCGGACGGGUCGUCGAUGAAGCCUCCGACCCGCGCCCGUCGCCAUUGCCAGUCAGAGGCCGCGACGUUGCAGUUCGACAUGGGGUUGUCAGACGGCUUGUCGUCUCUAUCGUCUCCGAGCAUGUCAACGACUGGAGACGUGGCGGCCCAGCAUACCCCCCCCCUCCUCGGAAAGACGGAGCCCUAUGACAUGGAUACGUUUAUGAGCUGUCACGGCGCGGCUCGCAGUGGCCCGAGCCCUGGCGGCGACGCAACGAGCCAGGAUGACGGGUCGUCGAUCGACCCGCGUCUGGUGCCAUCGCCUCCCAUGGGACGACGUGGUGAUGCGCCGAAUGGCCCGUGCGGCGGUUCCUUUGCAGGCCAGCAAUUCGGCCUGCAAGGGCCGUUGGACUACCCCGACGGGCAGACCAUGGAGUUUUUGAACAACAUUGGUGCGAGCCCGAGCGGUGACCUGAGCGGCAUCGACCAGGCACAUAUCGACCUGGGCUUUGGAAUGAACUGGGAUGUCAUGCAUAGCGAAUACGGGGAAGGGCAGCAAAUCAAUCCUUUUGAUACCUUUUUCUUCGGUGGCCAACAGGGCAGCGGGGGUGGCGGCGACAGCAACAGCAACAACAGUAAUAAUAAUAAUAAUAAAAUCAACAAUGAAAGGAACACCGGAGACGGCAGCAACUCGGCAACAACGCCAACAACGCCACCAAUCAAUGGCACGUUGAAGGACCACAAGCUUUGA